AUGCCCCAAGCACAGCCAGAGCUCAAGAAGUAUCUUGAUAAGAGACUAUUUGUUCAACUUAACGGAAGUAGAAAAGUAAUUGGUAUACUAAGAGGAUAUGAUGUUUUCCUAAAUGUCGUACUGGACGACGCCGUAGAAGAGAAAGAAGGCGGUGAGAAAGUUCGAUUGGGUAUGGUUGUCAUACGAGGAAACUCAGUCGUAAUGCUUGAAGCCCUGGAAAGAAUAGGUAGUGGUCCAAAAGCUUUGUAG